AUGAACUGGUCUGCAUCUGUUGUCACGGCCAAGACGGCUGAUACGGAGCCUAUGAUCGUCGUCACGUUCGAUCAGGCGAAGUACUACUUCAACGCGGGGGAGGGAACCACACGUUCGGUGCUGCAAGCUGGUCGAGGAUGGAGGAAAGCGAAGGCUGUGUUCCUUACGGAGGCUGGUACAAGAACCAGUGGUGGACUUGCUGGCAUGCUCAUGUCUAUCGCGGACUCGAGCGAACGAAAACUUGAUAUCAUCGGUCCAAAAGGCAUCCUGCACUUUAUUGCUGCCAUGCGCAUCUACACCUAUAGGGCACAUCUAGCUCUCAAUAUCACGGAAUCCAAGAAUACUGCGACGUCAGCCUCGGCUUCUUCCAGUACCCCGGACCCAAUAUACAAAGACGGGAAUGUCACUGUAUACUCGAUCCCACUCUUCCCCACCCCGCAAGAUGUCUUCGCCGCCGCCCCACAGGACGCCCCGGCCGAAAGUCUGAAGCGCAAACGAGAUCCAUCUCCGGACUCAUCAUCGAAACGCCUUGCCGCGACAACUUCAUCAUCGUCCACUACACCCGUCGCUCCACCCACGCCCGCGUCAAAGCCAUCGUCACCUGGGAAGCAAGCCAAGGGCAAGCCCAACUCCUCCGCCAACGAUGAACAUCCCGACGACAAGAGACGCCGCAACUUCGUGAACCACAUGUUCUCGUGGAAAGAGCCGGAUAACGCUGGUGUCCAGAAACGCAAGGGCAAGGGAAAGAAGGAUGAGCCUGCGCCCUCCGAUCCACCUCCAUGGCACGAGCCCACCGACGCCAAUGCACGUUCUUGGCGCCCGCCGCCUAAAGGCUGGCGCAACCCUCUCCCGCCUUUUAAACCUACACCGGACACUCCGCGCACACUGUCCUACGUUCUUCUCGGACCGCAAAUGCGAGGGAAGUUCGACGUGAAACGCGCAGAGGAGCUUGGAUUGAAAGGGAGGAAUAGGGCGCGAGUCGCGCAGGGCGAGACUGUCAAGUUCAUGAGGAAAGACGCGGAGGGAAAGGAGUUCGAGCAGGUUGUGAAGCCGAGCGAUGUGCUGGGAGAGACGGAAGAGCCGCAGGCUGUGUUGGUACUCGACGUGCCGACGCCGGGCCAUAUCGAAUCGCUCUUCGACGCGUUCAAGGGCUCAUUCUACGCUUCAUUGAGGUCGAAGAACGAAGAGGAUUGGAAGAAGCAUAAGGCGCGCGUCGUGUAUCACAUACUCGGACCUGGCGUAUUGGAACACCCGCGCUACAAGGAGUUCAUGACCGGGUUCGCAGACCACACUCAGCACAUCGUCUCUGCACCUGAGGUCGCGCCCAAUCCGGCGACGUUUGUCAGCGCAGCGUUCUCCCAGCUCAGGCUGGGUCAGCUUGAUGAUCAGGUCUUCCCUCUGACGAAGUACAGCCUCGAUGCUCCCAAGGCACUUUCCGACGUCCCAGAUCUCCCGCCAAACACAACUUUGAUGGCGCACCAUCUGACAACGCGCGUUCGCCCCGCUAUCCCAUCAGAACUCCUAGCCGACCUCGUAGCGCGAGAUCGCUUCCAUCCCGCCGUCGCAUCCAACAGCGAGUGGGAACUGCCGGAGGAUACGAAGGCGCGCUAUGAUGAGGCGAAGAAAGCCGUCGAGGAUAUUAUGGCGCCUGAGCCGAAGCCGGGCGAUGAUCUUGUCAUUGUACCGCUUGGAACCAGCUCAGCUGUACCCAGCCGAUACCGCAAUGUGUCGGGUCUGCUCCUGCAGAUACCUGGACAAGACAAAGCGAUCAUGGACUGUGGCGAUGGGACAUGGGGGCAAAUGUGCCGCUUCUUUGGGACUACGGGCGAGGGGAACGUGUGGGAGGUCCUGCGCGACUUGAGACUGAUAUACAUCAGCCAUGCUCAUGCGGACCAUCACGCCGGUUUGGCUAAGAUACUUGCUAUGCGCAAGCAGCUCGAUCCACCGCCUACUGAACCACUCUUCCUGGUUGGGCCAUAUGUUGUGCAUCUGUACAUCAGGGAGUACGCUGAGGUUGAAGAACUCGGGCUACUCGAUGGCUAUGAGGCGGGUACUACAGAUGUUGUGCCGAUUCUGAGCGAGGCGCUUCUGCCUCCGCGCCCUGAAGACAAGUUCUCCUUCGCGAAUAUGUCCGGAUGGCGGAACUACGACGCUUCGAAAGCUACCACUCGCGCGCUAUGCGAGCACUUGAAUCUCGAGUCGUUUAAGCUCGUUGAGGUCCAGCACCGCACGAAAGCGUCCGGCCUUAUCAUGACAUCCAAAGACGCCGAUGGCCCAUGGAGAGUGGUCUACUCGGGCGACACCAUGCCCUGCGACGAGCUCGUCGAAGCCGGCAAGAACGCAACGGUCCUGAUCCACGAAGCCACAAUGGGCGACGAACAACUCGAAAUGGCCGAGAAAAAGGCGCACAGCACUAUCGGUCAAGCCGUCGACAUCGGUAAACGGAUGAACGCGCGACACACUAUUCUCACGCAUUUCUCGACGCGGUACCCUGAUAUGCCGGCGUACCUCGCCGAACCCCAUGUUGGCGAGGGUGAGGGGACGAAUGUGGCGCUUGCGUUCGAUCAUGCAAGGAUGAGAGUGGGGGAUCUGUGGAAGAUGCCUUUGUAUUUGAGGGCUAUUGAGAAGAGCUUCAAGGAUACGGCAGAGCCGGAGGAUGAGGAAGAGGAGAAGGAGUUGUUGGCAGCUAAUAUCGGGCAGACGUAG